AUGGCCUGCGCAAUCGCGCUGAAGACCUUUCGCGGAGCUCCAGGGGGUGCACCGGCCGGCAUGACCACGGAACCUGCUCGCUCGGGCGCGCUGGCACACGAGCGCAUCAGCAUUGCCCUGGCUGCCAUCAAAGGGCAGCGCGUUUCAGUCCGGCUCCAGGACGGCAGUGUGCUGGCCGGCUUGUUUCAAGGCUUGACUGCUGCUACAGACACAUGGAUCGUCCAACUGCGCUACGCCACGUCCACAGAUCCAGCGCGAGAGCCGCCUGAAGCCAGCGGUCGGGCGCCGCCCGCGCACGUCGUGCAGCCACCGGAGCGUUUCGCAUCCUUUCCGCUGUCGGCUGUGCACUGCAUACUGGCGGACAACGUCGACAUCAGCGCCCAGCACCUCGGCGUCGAUCGCGCCGCGGGUAGCCGCGGACCUGCCAGCCAGCACAACGGCUUCUCUACCGAUGCGGCCAUCGGCGCCGCUCGUGGAGGCCGCCGCUCGCAACGCCGCGCUCUCGAGCGGUGGACUCCGGCCCCCGGUGACGACGCGUCGCCGCUCGACGACGGCCUGGAAGACGACGGUGGGACAGCACAGUGGGAUCAGUUCGCGGCAAACGAGGCGAAGUUCGGUGUGCGCACGGACUUCGACGAAAAUCUGUACACCACCGAGGUGAAGCAUGACUGCGGCAUCUCCGCUGCAGAGGCGGCGCGGAUCGCCGCAGAAAUCGAGCAGGGCGGGCGCGAUGCGGUGAACGUGCAUCUGCGCGAAGAGCGUGGGCUCGCGCUGGACGAAUCUGGGUUGGACGAAGAGGACUUGUACUCCGGAGUCAUUGGCACGGGAGGGUGCCGCACGGCGCCCGCUGAGAGGGGCCGCCUCCCAUUGCCAGCGGAGCGCGGGGGGCAAGAGAUGCAGCGACAGGCAGACGCGGGCGUUGCCGGGGGCCGCGGGGCCAUGCCGUACCCCCAACCUGCACUGCCUCCGCCACCGCCUCCGCCGCGGCCGCCAGGCCGGAGUCCGCAUUACAUGGGACCCCGACCAAACGCAUGGGGGCCAAACGUACUCCCGCGUGCGUGGCCGCACCGCCCUCCCGGUUUGGGCGGGGUCCCUCCGCAGCAGAUGCCGCCAGCUGCAAUGCCUCGGCCGGCGGCUCCGUAUGGAGCUCCACAAGAAGCUGCAGCGCUGCAUCAGGCGUCAAGGUCAUCUCCCGUUCCUUCACGGUCAAGUGAACCGGAGCAGCCGGCCCAGCUAGCAAGCCAAGAGCCUCCUGCUCCACACAGCAUGCUGCAAAAGACGCCAGGGGGCGGAUCGAAGCUCAAUCCGUUCGCAUCGGAAUUCAAGCUCAACGUUGAUGCAGCUGAAUUCGUGCCGAGCAAUAGGAAGCCGUCCGCGGCAGCGGCCCCGCAGCCACCACCUCGGCGCAGGGGUGUUGAUCACGGUGCCAGUGCAUGUGGCCCGACCACCUCGGUGGAGGACGCGAGCGCUUCCGCGCAGAGUGAUAGCGUCCGUGGGUCUCAACGGCGCCACACCGGUGGUGGAUACCGCGGCGACAAAGUGGGCGGAUAUGGAUCCGCACAUGGAUACGGUGCUCCGCCGCACAGCGCUGGCAGCCUCGGCAAUUAUCCUGGAUCAUCGGGGAUGGGGCCGUCCAACAUGCCAACAGGCCAGCAGGGGUUCAGCCGGGCGACUUCCAGCGGGCCGGGAGGCGAGCCAGGCAUGCCUCGCCCACUCAUGAUGCCCCCCUCGUCCGCGGGGGCACCGCUCAUGUUGGUCCCAGCCUCCGCCGGACUACAACCGCUGCCUCAGAGCGGGCACUCCAACGGCGGCGCCCCGGGGCAAUCGGGGCCCGUGCUGCUGCUUCCACAAGAGGGUCCGUACCAUCACAUGAUGCACGUGGCGCCAAACAACGUCGUUAUGCCUCCGCAGCCGCCGGUGCACGUGGGUCCACAUUUUACCGGUCCGCCAGGGGGCAGCCCACACGCAAUGAGCGGGGUGGUGCUGCCACAUGGGAGGAGCCACGUCUCAGCCGGCUAUCACGUUGCACGUGGCCCUGUGCAGCUGCCAGCGCCAUGUGCAGGGGCUGCACACAUGCCCAAUCAGGGCGUCCCGCCGCCACCUCCGUCGGGAAACAGCAUGGCGCCAUCGCGCGCCUUCAGUCACGGCACCCCUCCCCCACCACACUCGCCCCCUCCCCGGUCCGAUCGCCGGAGCUCCUUAGGCCCAUCAGGUCCGCCCCCGCAGCACGUUGAUCAGCAGCAGUGA